UUAAUUCUGUGCUGGCUAUGAUAACACUGAAAACAUCACGUGCGCAUCGACGACGAAGCAGGAAUCUGUGCGAAUAACAGAGACGGAGACCAUAAUCGUCUCUCACAUUCAAUCGUUUUAGAUCUACAGUCCAAUUUUUUCUAUGCUCCCCUCAAUCCCAUCGAAAAGCCCAACUACUUUUAAUCCUAGUUGUCUUUGUGAAGUCGCCGCUCCUUGACCGGUUGCAGGCCGAACAGACAAAUCAGAGCUCGAUCUGAGAUUUGCAGUACUCGUUGAAAGUCUCGAUUUCUCCUUCAAAUAAUGAAAGAAGGGAAAUCGGUCAAAGUGAAUUAUCAGCAACAGCAGCACCAGAACGGCCACUUGUCUCCGUUCAAGUUCGCCAAAUUGUUUGAUCCAGAGGCGUCGUGGGAUAAGGAUCAAUUGGGAGAUGUUUUGCAUUGGAUACGGCAAGUGGUGGCCCUAGUUUGCGGUUUGCUAUGGGGUACCAUACCUUUGGUCGGGGGUAUAUGGAUUGUCGUCUUUUUAGCAAUCUCCACUGGCAUUGUUUACGGUUAUUAUGCAAUGGUAUUGAAGAUUGACGAAGAAGAUUUUGGCGGCCAUGGAGUGCUUCUCCAAGAGGGGCUUUUUGCUUCUUUUACUCUUUUUCUGUUGGCAUGGAUUCUAGUAUACAGCUUGGUUCACUUUUGAUUGGAUGAGCGCACGAAGUCCUUGACCUUCAUAUCUUAUGUUAGAAAGAUUGGAAUUGAUGGAUUAAUUGAAUUCAUGCUCGCAAUUAUUUGUCUUCUACAUUUUGAUCAUGCAAUCCAUCGAUUUUGGAAAGCAUGAACAUACUGGCUCUACUUGUUUACUUGGAAGCAGGGUUCAUAAUCGAGCAGCUCAAUAAACAAUCCACAUAAAUAUGGCACGCA